CUUUGCCUCUCUUCAUAAUACCGCUCUCUCUCUCUCAAAUCAAUCUGAUACUCUGUUCUUUCAUCUUCUUACUCCAAAGUAAAUCGUAGUGGAAAAAUCUAGAAUUGAAUCUCUGAUGUCGGGUGUAACUCUGGCGGUGGCUCCACGAACAGACCCAAAUGACGCGGUGGCGCCGCAGCACAAGCCGCUACGGCGGCAACAACAAGAGCAGAACUCGGUUGUUGGAGGGGUGAUGGGAUCUCUCCGCGUCAUUGAACUCCAACUUGUUGCUUUCAUAAUGGUGUUCUCUGCGAGCGGGCUUGUCCCCAUUCUCGACCUGAUUUUCCCUGCCUUCACCUCCGCCUACCUCCUCUUGCUGGCACGGUUUGCAUUCCCGUCUCACGGUCAUGCGUCGGGCGCGUCGCAGGAGAUCUUUCAGGGGAGCAAGUUGUUUAGAAUGUACGUGGUGGUGGGGACCACGAUAGGGCUGUUCCUGCCACUGGCAUAUGUAUUGGGUGGGUUUGCGAGAAGUGACGAGCAUGCGGUUCGGUCGGCGACUCCGCAUUUGUUUUUGUUGUCGUUUCAGAUUCUGACGGAGAAUGUGAUAAGUGGGUUGUCGUUGUUCUCGCCGCCGGUGAGAGCAUUGGUGCCGGUUCUGUACACGGUGAGGAGGAUUUUCGUGAUCAUGGAUUGGAUGAAGGAUGUUUGGCUCAACAAAACCUUGCCGGCCAAUGCACCCAUCAACGACAUAGCAUGGUUUUGGUUCGGAAGGACAUUAGCGGUGGCUAAUUUUGCGUAUUUCUGCAUAAAUCUAUUUGGAUUUUUAAUCCCAAGAUUCAUUCCAAGGGCAUUCCAAAGGUAUUUUAAGGACCGAGAUGACGAGACUCAUGCCAAAAUCCAAGAAGAUAACCUCUCUUCCGCUCCCCCUAAAUCUCACCCCUCCGAUAAGAAGACCGAUUGAUUUUCUUUUCCCCCCCGCCCCCCCUCUAAUUUUCAUGUUUUUACUACAAUGUCCUUUUUAUGGUCUGCUUUUGCUCUAUAAUUUUUUAUGGUCUCCUUUUUUUCGAAUUUA